GUGCCAAGCCGGCGGCGACGAGUCGUGUCACGUGACGCGGGGCGCGCCUGGACAAGCGCGCGGUUGCGCGUGUCCCAGGGAACCGCUGACUCGAGUGCGCGCUUGUGAAGAGUCGGAGGCGGUGGGGGGGGCCGGACCAGCCGAGGGUUGCGAGGGCUGCCGAGCCCGACGGAGUGGGUGGGUGAGGUCAGCUCCGGGAUCGCGACAACGACAUUUCGAGCCAGCGCCUGAGGCCGAGCGGAAACAUGCUGUGGUUCCAGGGCGCCAUUCCGGCCGCCAUCGCGUCGGCUAAGAGGAGCGGCUCGGUCUUCGUGGUGUUUGUGACAGGUGAUGAUGAACAAUCUACACAAAUGGCUGCACGUUGGGAAGAUGAGAAAGUAACAGAAGCAUCUUCAAACAGUUUUGUUGCUAUUAAAAUUGAUACCAAAAGUGAAGCCUGUCUACAAUUUUCACAAAUCUAUCCUGUAGUGUGUAUUCCAUCUAGUUUCUUUAUUGGUGACAGUGGAAUUCCUUUGGAAGUAAUAGCAGGAAGUGUUUCUGCAGAUGAACUUGUUGCAAGAAUUCACAAAGUCCAACAGAUGCACUUACUGAAAGGUGAAACAUCAGUGGCAAGUGGCAGCCAGUCAGAAAGUCCAGUGUCCACUUCAUUUGCCUCAUUUGAACCUAACAACGCUUGUGAAAAUUCUCAGUCAAGAAAUGCAGAAGGUUGUGAAACAUCACAUACUGCUCCUGAUACAAAAUUAGAUACUGCAACAGGAGGAGAAAGUUCAAGCCAUGCCACUCCCUCUCAAGAGAAUAGUGGUUGUUCAAAUCAGAGAUCUGCUGAGGACCUCACCAUCAGAGUGGAAAGAUUAACAAAAAAGCUUGAAGAUCGGAGAGAAGAGAAGAGGAAAGAAGAAGAACAGAGAGAGAUUAAGAAGGAAAUUGAAAGAAGAAAAACUGGAAAAGAAAUGUUGGAUUAUAAAAGAAAGCAAGAAGAAGAAUUAACAAAAAGAAUGUUAGAAGAAAGAAAUAGAGAAAAGGCAGAAGACAGAGCAGCUCGAGAGCGUAUAAAACAGCAAAUUGCAUUGGAUCGUGCAGAGAGAGCUGCUCGUUUUGCAAAGACAAAGGAAGAAGUAGAGGCUGCCAAAGCUGCCGCUGCCUUGUUGUCCAAACAGGCAGAAAUGGAAGUGAAGAGGGAAUCUUAUGCACGAGAAAAAAGCACUGUUGCAAGAAUUCAAUUCCGCCUGCCUGAUGGGUCUUCCUUUACAAAUCAAUUUCCUUCUGAUGCUCCACUAGAAGAAGCAAGACAGUUUGCUGCACAACCUGUUGGCAAUACUUAUGGUAAUUUUUCACUAGCAACCAUGUUUCCCAGGAGGGAAUUUACCAAAGAAGAUUACAAAAGAAAAUUACUGGAUUUGGAACUUGCUCCAAGUGCUUCAGUGGUACUGUUACCAGCAGGACGGCCGACUACAUCUGUUGUACACUCUUCCAGUGGAGAUAUUUGGACAUUAUUGGGGACAGUACUUUAUCCAUUCCUUGCCAUCUGGAGAUUGAUUAGCAGUUUCUUAUUUAGUAAUCCUCCUGCACGGACUUCAGCAAGAGCAGCAUCACCCGAACCUUUAAACCCUGCAUCGUCUAGCAAAUCAGAAAAAAGGGAACCGGUCAGAAAAAGAGUGCUGGAGAAACGAGGGGAAGACUUUAAAAAGGAGGGGAAGAUAUAUAGAUUGAGGACUCAAGAUGAUGGUGAAGAUGAAAACAACACUUGGAAUGGAAAUUCUACUCAGCAGAUGUAGUGCAAUAAGUACAAUAUGUCAAUGAUCAUUUUUUCUCUUAUGAUUUAAUUCAACUAAAAUUCUACUGGAGAAGUGGGUCUGCAUUGUUUUCCAACUUACGUAUAAAGGGUUUCUUUAUUCCUGCUUUAUGGCUGUAGGUUAAAGUUGUUUAACUCAGAAACAUCAAGACAAAAUGAUUGGCUGCCAGGUCCACGAAUGACCAACUGCUAGAAAUCUAAAAAAUUAAAAGGUUUGCCACAGCCUCCAUCAGCUUUUUAAUUAUUUUCAUAGAUCUUUUGCCAUGUGCUCUCACGUGACAUGUUUUGUUUAGAAUACUUUUUGCUUUAAGAUUCCACACAAAGUAAAGCUAGGUCACUAACUUGAAUCUUAGAGAAUUUUAACUAGCCAAUCAGAUGAUAACAUAGGUUUAACAUUUUUUGUCCCUUUUCAUCAGCUGCAAGUAAAGUCUUGUAGUUUUUCAUCUAAACUGAAUAAAAAUUUUCCAAAGAUCAGAACACUCUUA